UUUGAGAAAAUCCUGUUGACCCGGCAGUCAAAGUACGCCGUAGCUGCAGACAGUCAAAUAAACUGCUCACAUCGAAAUGUAAAGCCCGAACAUUUUAUUAUUGUCAUUAUUUACACACAAUUAUAAAUUAAUCACAUGUGUUUUAGUGCGUUACAGACUUUUAAUAGCGAUGAUUUUGAGACUGUCAAGCAGGGCAUGUGUCCUCUCAGGAUCAGUUCGCCUCAAAAGCACUUUGGCGUCUUUCUUCGACGAUCUGGGAAAAUCAGGAAUCAUCCUAAAAUCUGCAUCAUCUGGCAUAUUCGAGAACCUAGCCUUAGAAGACUGGAUACACGACCACGUUGAUCUGCAGAACAGAAGCUUGCUGUUGUUGUGGAGAAACUCUCCUGUUGUGGUCAUCGGAAGACACCAAAACCCCUGGCAGGAGUGCAACCUUCCCGCGACGCGACGGUUGGGGAUCCCGCUGGCGAGGCGGCGCAGUGGAGGCGGGACGGUUUUCCAUGACUUUGGAAACAUUAACAUGACCUUCUUCACCUCCAAAAAGAAAUACGACCGUCACAGGAAUCUCAAAGUGGUUACAAGUGCAUUAAAAGCUCUGAGACCUAAUCUAGACGUCGCCGCGACGGAUAGAUUUGACAUUUUAUUAAACGGCCAUUACAAGAUUUCAGGCACUGCUGCAAAGUUAGGCAGGAGCUCUGCUUAUCAUCACUGUACAUUACUGUGCUCUGUUGACCGUUCAGUGUUGUCUUCAGUGCUAAAGAGUAACACUGCUGAGGUUAUCAAGAGCAAUGCUACCCCAAGUGUCCCUUCCCCUGUCAAGAACCUUCUAGAAGUGGAUCCCACUCUUGAUUCCAGCACCAUCAUGGAGGCUAUUGCUUCCCAGUAUAAUAGUGAAUUUGGCUUUGAUAGUCCUGUCAUCACAGUUGACCCCACUCAUGAAGCUCUCAUGCCUGGCAUUCAUAAGAUGGCACAUGAUCUUCAGACAUGGGAGUGGAUUUAUGGCAAAACCCCAAAGUUCAGUGUUUGCACAGCUUUAGUUGUCGAUGAUGUGAAUAUUAAGCUUGAUAUGGAUGUCAGGAAUGGUACUGUGGAGCGAUGUGCUUUGGAAAUCCCUGCAGACUGGCUUUCUCCAGAGAUUGUGAAUGAGCUUAUAUCAACUCUGAAAGGCAGCAGAUACUGUCCAAAUGAAACUGCGGUGCUGGUGGCUGCAUUCAUGAGGACUCGGUCAAUGACAGACAAUGUUGCUGAGAAGAUUCAUAGAUUGUGUGAAGAAAUGCUUUCUGUCAUGUGAAUAAAAGGGAAGAUAUAA